AGUGGUGGUAUGUAUAUAUAUAUAUUGUCGACAACCCAACACAACCACAACAAAACACCAUUACUUUAACUCAAAUUCAAUCACAUUUCAAAUCCGCAAUGAAGUGGAACUCUAUUAUUGCACCUCUCAGCUACAGCUGCCUUGCUCUUGCAGCAGGAAACGGCCCUUACGAUGCUUCGCACUCAGCAGACCCUUCCCUCCCCAAACACACCAUCUACAUGCCCAACACCCCUCCAGAGAAUAUAACACUCCCAGUCCUCAUCUGGGGAAACGGCGCAUGCUCCGCCAACGGCACCCUCUUCGGCAACUUCCUCACCAACGUCGCCUCCUACGGCUUCAUGGCCAUCGCCUCGGGCGCGCCAAACGGGCACGGCACAACAGAUGUCCAGCUCAUGAAAGACGCAUUGGACUGGGUUAAGAAGAAGGCCGGGACGGCGGGGACGAGGUACAAGAAUGUCGAUACCACGAGGCUCGCAGUUGCGGGCCAGAGCUGUGGCGGGCUCGAGACGUACCAGAUGCGAGAUGAUCCGAGGGUGCACUAUCUGGGGAUUUUCAACUCGGGGUUCUUCGAUCUGGGACUAAUAGGGGGGAUUAUUGGGAUGCCGGAUGAGGGGCCGGAGACGAUUGAGGAGGUGAAGAAACCUGUGUUUUAUUUUCUGGGUGGGGAGGAAGACAUUGCUUAUAAGAAUGGCAUGGCUGAUUAUGCAGCUCUAACUGGGGUGCCGAAGUGGGUGGGAAACUUCCCUGUUGGGCAUAUGGGGACUUAUGCGCAGCCUGAAGGGGGUGCGUUUGCGGUGGCUGCUGUGAACUGGCUGUCGUGGGUCUUAAAGGAGGAUUCUACUAAGGAGAAAUGGUUUACUGGUGGUGGUGCGCAGAAGGCUGGCUGGGAGGAAGUUGAUAGUGAGGGUUUGGACGGUCUUUUGACAUACUGAAUAUUAUCUUAUGGCCUGC